AUGAAAUUCAAGAAAAACCUUCACUUUAGCAGUAGCAGUGAUAAGUGCGGCCGUAUCGUGUACUCAGGAGAUUCCAUCUCCAAAUGGUUUCUUACUGGUUCAGAUGGAAUUGAGGAUGAGAUUCCUCCAUAUGUUAAGCUUGUUCCUUUGACCUCGGAUUCUGUCGAAUGCAAAAAAGGCGAAAAGCCGUCAAUACUGAUGAACAACAAUGUCCCAAAAGAGAGUGAAGAAGAAGAGAGAAGUCAGUGGCUUUUAGUAGCAGAGAAGGUUGAAGAGGAUCUGUUGUUGGCUUAUGAGCGAGCUAAGACUGCAGUGGAAGAGAAUCAACAUGUUUUGAGAUUGACUGCUAGUUUUGGUAAAAAUUUCUUCUAUGGACGUCAAGCUGGUCCUGUGGCCGAAUGUUCUCGAAAACCCUCGAAUAAGGUGUUCUCUACAGAUGUCCCAUCUUCGUACUUUGAACACAUCAAGUCUAAGGUUGUACCAAGCCAUGGAUUUUGUAUUGACUCGGAGAAGGAAAGAUACACUGUGAAGGUAUCGCAUUAUUCUCGUCCCAAUGAAACCAUAAACUGUAAGUGCACCGUUAAGGAAGAUGGACGUCUCAGUAUGUACAAGGCAAGUCUCGAGUCCUUUGUCGACCUUAAACCCGUAAGGCAUUUAGUUGUUGAUGUAUCUUGCAUUGAUAAGAAUCUCGACAUGAGACUAAUGCUUACAGCCAAAAGGAAAAUUACGGAUCUCACUGAGAAAGAGAUAAGUAACAUCAAAGGCCUACUGGAUUCAGCGACUGUUGAUCCAAAUGUGAAAGGUGGUUUAAGAAACAAAACCAUAAGGCUUCGGGUCAGGGAGACUGAUAGAUUCAAGGAGAUGACUGGAAAAGGGGAGAUCAAGAGAGAGGUGACUCUGAUGCUUAAAGACAUCAACACUAAGUUACAGGAGCAAAACAUUGACAGGGGUUGUGUUUCUGGAGUGCUUCGAGAUGGUCUUGGAACCCUAUGGGAUUUCUUGCAUUGCGAUUCCUAUCUUUCGUAG